AUGAUUCUUUUCAAUACAAUUGAUCGACCAGAAGAUCGACCCAAUACACUCUUAUGGUGCAGUUUAGGAAAUACUCUGUCUGGUACAAUAAUAAACAAAGCUUUUCAGUGGAUAUUUGCAGUCACAAAACAAGCUGAUAUGACCCUUGUGACUCUGUUAAUUCUUGGCUUUGGGGAUGGUCUAGCAGAACCAAUCGGAAUUUACUUUGGUAGACAUAUUUACUGGGUCAAUGCGUGGUGCACUGUGGAAAAACGUCGAUAUCAACGCUCAUUAGAAGGAAGUUCCUGUGUUUGGAUUACAUCGAUCGUUUCUAUCUCGAUUUUCUUCUAUUUUUUUCAAAAUCAAAUUCAAUUUUGGACGGCUAUUAUUAUUUUACCACCAUUGAUGACAUUUGCUGAAGCGCUGUCGCCACAUACUUUGGACAAUUGCAUUUUACUUGUUGUAGGCAAUGUAGCACUUCUUUUGAUUGGACAUUUACAGCUUGCUUGGAAAUAA